GAAUUCGUUGCCAUUCCAGAGGAACGUUGUGCGAGAAGCAUAGUUGGCAACCAGGCGGUCCAGUUUCGAGUGCAAUCGAAAUUGCAUCGCGUCGUUUAUCGGGUUACAAGAUAAUCAUACAUCACCUGGACAAUGUGGCCCGGGGCGAUCACGGUUUUCGCACUAAUUGUUUCUACGGUCUCGGCUAAGACGCUCGAUCUGUCGCGACGCGGCUUGAAGAAGGAAGACUUCUUCUUGAAGCUCCAGUCGCAAAUCACUCUGGCAGAAGUCACCGAUCUGAUUCUCCGGGAGAAUCAGUUCGACAGCUUCCUCGACUGCUCCACCAACCUCACGAGCCUCAGGACACUAGAUUUGUCGCAAAAUCAUCUUCAACGGUUCUUUUUCCUAUGCAGAGAAGAAUAUAAUUUGCAGGUGUUGAACGUUAGUCACAACCACCUUCAGUACAUCGACGACAAUGCCUUGAACGACCGAAUCCCGAAGCUCAAGAUACUCGAUCUAUCAUCGAACAAAUUAUCGAUAGUCAACGAAACCAUGCUGGAGCAUUUUAAAGUUUUGGAAUACCUUUCGUUAGCCAAUAAUCCGAUCAACGACGGUAUCCACGAAAAUGCGUUCUGGAAUUUGAAGGCACUGCGAUACUUGAGCCUAAGCAACGUAUCGUCCACGCAAUUCACGUUCGAGUUCUUUAAAACGUUAACUAACUUAUCAUCCCUAGAUUUGUCAGUGAAUCCCAUAAAGUCGAUUCCGGCUUUACCGGAGAACCUGGAAGAGCUCGAUUUGUCUAGCACUAAAAUUUCGAAAAUACCAAAAAUCGCGUUGCCCAAAUUACGAGAAUUAAAAUUGCACGACAUGCAAAGUCUCCAAGAAUUAGUGCUGAACGAUUUAGAGAAUUUAGACCAAUUGGAAACGUUAUCCGUGGUUGGAUCGAAGAAAUUAACGCAUGUGAAGUUAUAUCCGUCGGAUGGACGCCUACUGCAACAACUGCAACGCCUUUCGAUAAACGACUGCGCCCUGAAAACCCUGGACUACAGCCUACUGCCGAUAAUAAAGAGAACCGCGAUCGUGAACCUAGAGGGCAACCCUUGGAACUGCGAUUGCAAAAUGCAAUGGAUAAACCAAUUGAACGUAACCAAGUCUCUCAGCCGGGAUAUCAAAUGUCGCGCUCCCGAACGGCAUUUCAACAAACAGUUGAGCGAGAUACCAAAGUACGAGAUGGAGUGUGAGACCGACACGUCGCUGUUCUACCCGGUCCUGUGGGCCUCCAUUUUGAUACUGGUCGUGGCGAUCAUCCUGGCGGCGGGCUUUUUUCUUUUGAAACGACCGAUCGGUCAUUGGGACAUCAGGCGAAAGAACAGGGACACCGUCACUUACAAGAACGUAGACGAGUCCUCGAACGACAUGGUGAGAAUUCUGACUGUCGGCGAGACGGCCGACCGUAAUGGAGAAUGAACCGACACCGAACGGACUAUACAAUGGAAACGUAUUAACGUAGGAUAAGCGAUAGAGACUUAAGAAACGAGUACACAAGGUAUCACAAUUAACCUCUACAAUCAAAGUAUCUCUCCUACAAAAUUGAAGAAGAGAUUUGCACCGUUCGAGGAGACAGACUAGACAAAUUUUUUCGCCAUUUUUUAAAGACAUCGAGGUCAUCGACAUUUCUUUAACACGAAGCACAUAUUUCUGUUCGCGUGACGAGUUCAACGACUGUAAAUUACUUUACCUCUGAAUGACCUUGAUGAAAAAUUUGAAAUUUGGAAUCUAUUAAGAUACGACUUUCAGAAUCUAUUUUCUAUUGCAAUAUUUAUUCCUUUGAACAGUGCAACGGUGCACAAGUAA